AAGGGCGAGCAUGUCUGUCUUUGACUGACACAUUCGCAUGUCCCUUGGGCACGCCCUACCAAACACGACGCGGAUCUUUCUUUGUUCAUUUUGCACAGCACAGCACAGCGCAGUACGCACAUACCCACAGUCGGCAUCAUGACCCACCCAGUCACUGACUUGACAGGCACACAGCGACUGACUGAAAAACCUGUGGCUGGCCUACCUCUCUCUCUGUCUGUCUGUCGACAGCCCAAUACAAUCCACCCAUCCAAUCCAUCAGCCUUGAAUGCCCAUCGACGCAUUCCUUCUCGCCCAUGGUCACACAUACACACAUCUGUCUGCCUAUCUCGGCAGUGGCGGCCCGAGCGACGGCAGGAUGCAGAGGAAGAACAGAGAUGGAAGCGCCAGCAGGGCGAGGAACACAAUGUACGCUGUGUUGAUGGGCGAGUCGGGGGCCAGCUCGUCCCGAAGCUGAUGGAUGGAUGGAUGGACGGAUGGAUGGAUGGCAACAAACCGCCAAGCAGACAGACAGACAGACAGACAACAAGCACACAUGAACAGGGCUACACACCCGCUUGUUUGCCCACUCACUCACUCACCGUGAAUUCAUCUUUGAGCGUGACGGAGAGGUUCGAGUAGAAUUCCCUGAACUCAUCGAGGCUCGAGAAGGUCAGGUUGGUGGUCGGCUCGUUGUCCCGCACCGCCUUCAUGUAGGCCUCCUUCACCUGCUCACCCACACUCUUCGCCGCAGACCCAUCCUCCGACCCACCACCACCAGCUUCAAUGCCCUCUAUCGGCGACACCAGGAAAGGGUCACUGUCGUCAUAUCCCGGUUGGGAAGAGCCACCAGCUGCAGGCCUGCUCUCACCGACCGCCAUUCGCCGAACUGAUGCCGUCGAUAGCGGCUGCCUGCACCUCCUCUGAAGCGGAUGCAGGCAGUGCAUGGAGCGCACGAAGAACAGAGAUUGCUGCCGCUGCUGCCGCUGCUGUGAAUAGUGACGAGCACGGACUGGCCUGCCCGGGCCGAGGCAGACGAGGGCAGUGAAGGUGAGGGAGAGGCUGAGGGCCAACAUCGCCACGCAGCGAUGAACAAGGGAAGCCAAGGCGAAUGCCAUUCGGUGCUCAGAUCUGCU